CGUGCUGCAUUGUAUUUGUACUCACAUUAUUGUACCUAUCUGUAUGUGUUAGUGUACAGCAUAAUUGCAACGAUUAAACACUUGUUCGUGAUUACAUUCAGUAUUUUGGCUUAAAAUUACGCAGAUUUCAGCUGAUCGGGCUUAAAUGUGCCGUGUUGUGUAGAAUUCUUUUCUAGUGUAUGUCGUGUUAAAUAGUAAUAGUAAUUAUUAAGAGAAAAUAACAUAAAAUAAUACCUACGUACCUACUUAGAUGUAAAUAUUACUGUGUAUAAAGUUAGUUAAAUUGUAAUUUAUUUUAUUAUUACUCAUCUAAAAUGACUAGUUCCUCUGCAAAAGUUGACGAUAUUUUUCGCGAGGCGGGAACAGCGUUCAACAAACUCUCUGAGAUGACUAUGUCAUUACAAGCUGCGGAAGAUUCAGUAUCGGCAGAAGUAUGGAACCCAGAAGAUCUGGAGACACUGCGCUCAAGUGUACACCGCUUUGCUGUUGAACUGAAUAAAAUUAGUCAGCAUAUAAAACUAAGGACAAUGUAUAACUUGCGUCGAUUAUUGGAAUUAGACAGCGGUCUAAUUCUAAGUGUCCAAGGUUCACUUCCCGAUGUUAACCAACAACCUUCUAUGUAUGUAAUACAAUCGCCAUCACUCGCGACAAGUUCGCAAUCAAGUUGGGUUGCGUAUGCAGUUCCUGUACGCACGUACAUGCCUAAUCCAAAUCCGGCAAAUCUUGAAUUGCCGCCUUUAGCGCCAUGCAACGAAAUCAGCGAUCUUUCGGCAUCAAACGAUGUAAUAAUACCUCCAGGCAUCCAGAUCCAAUCUGACUUGGAACCACUGCCUGUGCUCCAUUUGUCGGAUUUAGAGCCAUCACUAUCGCAGACAGAUAGUAAAUUAUACAAUCCUGAAUCGAAUGAGACUUCAGAAAGUGAGCUAGACGGCUUCAACCCAGAGGUGGUGCCACCUGUACCUCCUGAACAAUUACUGCAAAGCGAAAAGAAGAAAAAACUAAAACGAAAAACACCCGAUCAACAACCGGGUGAAAGUGAAGUAAAUAAUAACGUCGACGGGGAUAUUUGUAUUACUGCGGCACAGUUAUUGCGCUACUUGGACUCUCAAGAGCCCAACUUACCGUCUCCGCAGGUACUCAGCGAGCAACCAUCAAUUGCUGCACCCCCAUCGGUCGGAUUAUCCGGUUCAGCCCUAACUCAUACAGAUAAGCAAGAAGUACAGUUUUUACCAUCUCACAGCCUGGGUGGAUUAAGACAACAACAGAUAUUGCCCCCUCCAAAUGAAGACAAGAGGAAGAGUGGAAAAUCUAUAUAUCUGAACAAUCAAAUACACAAUAGAUCUAAUAAACAAACAAAAUCAACGAUAAAAAAGAAAAACCAGACACAAAAGGCUGGUCCGGCUAAAAAAGGAACGAAUCCUACAAAAGUAACGCGGCCUGAAAAGAAAGAAAGUAAAGUUGGGGACGUUAUUAAUCAGAAAUUGCACUGCUUCGACGAUAAUGCCCGUCAUUUUGACGUAAAAGACGAAUCAAAUUAUGGAUUCGCGGAACACAUCAUUGAUGACACUAGCAUAACUAUUCCAACCAAACGUAGUAGCCUAGUAGUGAAUCCAAUAACAGACAAAGAAAAGCAUGAUCCUUUUGUUUUCUGUGAUUCUGAACCUGCUCCCGACCCGCUAAGUACUUUCCGAGCUCGUUGGUGUAGCAAAAGAGUCUCGCUUACGAUUCCCAACCAGUCUACCAUCCACCAAGUACCGGCCACAAGCGAAAUAACGAAAAUCAAACCAUUGCCAAUAACUCCAAAAAGCAGUCCGAUAAAAGAAGACCCGGAAGCUGCGAAACCUGAAAUACCAAAUAUGGCCACGUGUCCACCACUUGCCACGACUCGUGUCGUGACAAGGUCGAAAAGCCGCCAAGGAGAGCUUCUUCAACCGUUGCUUCCCCCAAAACGUUCCCGAAGGGGCAAGAAGAUAAAAUCCGAAAAAUGAAUUAGUAAGAGAAGCUGGUAUAGAGCUUGAAACCAUAUUGUGACAACAACGUAAAUUCGGUUGUGGUAAACUAGCAUUAAGGAAUACACGCAUUUCCUCUCUUUUAACUUAUUUGGUUGUUUAAACCAUUUGUGGUUGUUCAUAUUAGGUAGAGUAAAAAAUAUAAAAUCCUCAAUACCAAUUUGGUGUUCUAGAAUUAAUACAAAAAGUAGAGUGGAAAAUAAUUCAUAAUUAAAUUAGUUCUAAUACUUGAAGACGUUGAUGUAUUAGGAAAAACAAAAUAAGUGUUGUCAUUUUCUAAAAUUUUCUUAUCGUCGUCGAAUCCUUUUUCCGAAUAUAUGUGUAAAUAUGUAUGGAUGUAUAAUGUUGGAUUGAUAUGGAAUGAAUGGAUUUUCUGUUGUAUAUUAUUAAGACUGUGAGGCCGGUACAUUGUAAUAGUAGGAACGGCCUAAACGUACUGUGAUACAAAUUUGUGAUAAGCACUCGCAAGUUAAUGAUAUUUCAUCAAUUAGCGAGUAUGAGUGGGUGAAGUUAACAUGUGAAUAAAGACGCGUGAUAACGAUAACUUGUUGACAAGGCUUGUAUACAGUUUCCGGAAAACAGGAUUUUUUCUAAUGUAUGAUUGAGAAUUUCAAAUCCUUGUGGACCACGAUAUACGUAUCACCUGUCACUUUUUAAUGUCCUCUCAUUAUUUCGUUAACUCUGAAGCAUCCUCCUCUUCCCGGCUUUGUCAUAUUUUAUCAUUGUUCAUAUCUACUUGUAGUCAUAUUGACAGUAUGUGCAUAAUAUGUGUACCAUACCCAUACAAUAUACAUAUAGUGUCCGAUCGCAACUAGUUUUACAACUGAAACCGAACCAAAAACGGAAUUCGGCAACUAUAGUUUUGGCGAAUACUGAAACUUAAGAGUCAUAUUUUGAGUUAAAAUAAAGAACCUUUGCACCUAUUAGGAGGCCAUAGAUCCCACGAUCCCCGCAUAUUGCCUCUCUCAGGACGCGUUUGGCUCGCUGGGUUGAUCCGUUUAAUUUAAAAACUAAUAUACGUCAUUAGUGCUCCUCCAAGUUCCACUGAUCAUCGAGUUUGACUCCCAGGUGCUUCAUUGUCGAAACAAAGCCGACUGCAAUGGCAAUCCCUCCGCCCUGGACCUGCCCCGAAGGGCACGCUCAUGCCACUCGCGAAGUCUGUGCACAAUAUCAAGUCUUAGCUGAUGCCCCACAAGAGCGUCCUGAUCCCUUUGGGAUACCGCGCGAUAUGUCUCGCCGGUUCUACUUACUUUCUCCUCACGGUCAGGUGCUCCACGAGGUGACUCGAAAUGAUUCUUGCGAAGAGCUUUUCCACCUCGUCAAGUAGGACGAUGGACCGGUACGCGGAAGUCCGUUGGGCGCUCCGGCUUCUUCACGAGGUCUAGCUUAUCCGACUUCUACGACAGUGGGACCUGGCCCCUCUUGAAGCAUACUCAGAAGUGACUGGCUAGCCGAAAGCUUCCCAGGCCAGGACCCAACCGUUGUUAACCGUCGCGACCCGGCGCGGUGUCAGAGGCACCGCGCCGGGUCGCUGAGGACGCUGAGAACGCUGAAGACGCCGGGACGCCGGGAGUUCGGCAGUUCGGGAGUUUUUACACCCCCGAACUCCCGAAGGCACUAUCGGUUUCGGUUGUAGUUUCGGCAGGUUUGCCGCUGUAACGACAUUAAACCGAAAGUCGUGUUUUUUUCCGAAACUUACCGAAAACGAAACCCAAACCGGACAUUCGGUCGGACACUUAUAAUGGUAUAUUAUACUAUAUGUAUAUGAAACCAAUUGUCAUAACAACCUAUGUAGUUGUAAUUAUAUUACCCUU